UUAAAAACUGGAGUAAGACCACACACCAACUGAUGAAAGGUACCCAAAUACCAAAAAAAAUCUACAUAGCCUUACAAAUGCCAGUAUCACUCCAACUACAUUUAAGUCCAAGAAAAUUCCACAAUCAAAAGUCCCUUAACUUUGGACUACAACUAAAGUGUCUGGGGACAAAUUAUUUUAGAAGUUGCUACUGACAAACUACUCUUUAAGUAAGAAAACAAGCUGCUGUAAAAGUAGUGUUCUAUCCAUACCAUUUUUCAUGUCUUUCCUCAUCAGUCUACACUUCAAACAUUUAAUGUUAAACCACAAAACUGAAGUAUGUAACUUAAAGAUUCUGAGCAGCCAAUUUUUAAAAAAUCCAUCACUUUCAAGCAUAUCAAGGUUAAAACAGGUAUUCCUCAAUUCAAGGCUAAACCAGCACUCUUCCCCCACCCCCCAAAAAUUACAAAAAGACACCGACCAGUAUCUUGAUAGCUUUCUGUAACCAACUUGUUUUAAGGUAUAUACUGUAAAGUUACCUAUUUGCACUUGUAUCACACGGCAAAAAUUUCAAAAAUAUACGGUCACAAAAAGGGCAAGCUGCACUUAUAUUAAAUAUAGUAUAUGCUUUUUGACAAUAAUGGAGCACAAGAGAAACAGAUUUUUAAAAAUUAAGAUAUGGCCUGAAUUGUUUUGUAACUGAAUUAGCUCCUCAGUAAAUUAAGUGCCAUUUAAUGCAUGCAUUAAGUAUAGUUCAUCCAAAGUCCUUAAAUAAAGGGGCUCACAUUUACAUUCUAAUGUCUUCGUGUGUCUUCCAAAGUAGAGAUGUUAAGGCAUUUAAUAUGAAAACACUGUCACAUGCUAGAAAAAAAUGUUAAAUGAUUAAUAGCCUAAAGCAUCAGUUCACUUGGUCUCAUCUUUUCAAAUCUUGGUUAGUUGUAAUUAAUCGAUAGAACACAGAGAUGACAGAAUACAAUUAUAACCCACAUAAAAUUAUCUCUAACAUGAAAAAUUCAACUGUGGUUGCAGUCCUCUCAAACAAAAAUCCAAGAAACUACAACCAGAGCCGACCCACACGACGCGAAGAUACGUGUAAUUCUAAACAGUUUAGCAAGAAUGGCAAAUCAGAAGUAUUUUAAGGCAGCAAACUGGGUACUGAGAAGAAAAAAACAGGAUAAUUAAAAUUCUCGUCGCCUUAGAGAUCUACAAGGACUAGAAACGCGCCGGCAUUAACUUCAGCGAAAGCAGUAGGCCGCAAGAUCCGAAGCCAUUUGUGGCAUUUUCUGCCGGGCCGCCUCCUCCCGCUUCCUUCCAAUCCCGCGCUCUCUUUCCGGGCGGCGGAGCGAGGCGGCGGCCAUUGCGGCCCAAUGCGCCAUUUCGUAACGCGGCAGCGGAUCAAUGUCAAUGUAGCCGCCGCCCGCCUGCUCGCUCGCCCGGAUGUGACUGCUCGUCCCCUCCCCUCCCCCACCGCCUCCUCCCAACCGCUCCCGCCGGGGCCCGCCAUGCCGCCCUCGGCCUCGAAUCCGAGGCCGCGCGGCUGGCGGGCCGAGUCCCCUCCGCAGGUCUCCCCAACCACGCAGAGCCUCCGAAGGGCCACUUGUGCAGCCGAAGGAGAAGGCGAGGAAGGCGAGGGGCCCCAAGGCGGCCUCUGAGGCCCGCUCCCCUCCCCCCCCCACCGCCCGUCUCAACGCAGAGCGCGGGACGGCCGAUCCGGUCCACCCGGCCUCCCCACU